UUUUUCCCCAAUCUGUUGCUCAACACACUCCCUUCUCCUCAAGACCGCAUAGCAUAAGAAACGCCUCUCGAUCGGAGAAUCAGCAUACCCAGCUCAGAAAAUAGGGUUCUUGCGUUGAUAAAUAAUGGGGACUUUAGGAAGAGCAAUCUACGUCGUCGGAUCCUGGAUCCGUGUAGCUGGCCAAACAGUUGAUCGUGUCGGCUGCAGCCUCCAAGGCAGUCACCUCUUCGAAGAACAAGUGUCUAGGCAUCGAACACUGAUGAAUCUGUUUGAUAAAGACCCUGCGGUUGACAAAGAUGCAUUUGUUGCUCCUGGUGCUUCUGUAAUCGGAGAUGUUCAAGUAGGGCGUGGUUCCUCUAUUUGGUAUGGAUGUGUUCUUAGAGGUGAUGUGAACAGUAUCAGUAUUGGAUCUGGAACAAACAUCCAAGACAAUGCUCUUGUUCAUGUAGCCAAAUCCAACAUUAGUGGAAAUGUUCUCCCAACAACAAUAGGAAACAAUGUGACUGUAGGUCAUGGUGCUGUAUUACAUGGAUGCACUGUUGAAGAUGAAGCUUUUGUGGGCAUGGGUGCCACCUUGCUUGAUGGGACCCACGUUGAAAAAAAUGCCAUGGUUGCAGCUGGAGCUCUUGUUAGGCAAAACACAAGGAUCCCAUUUGGCGAGGUAUGGGGAGGAAACCCCGCAAAGUUCAUGAGGAAGCUAACAGAAGAAGAAAUCGCAUUCAUAUCCCAAUCCGCAACAAAUUACACCAAUUUAGCCAUGGUUCAUGCUUCUGAAAAUGCAAAGGGAUUUGAGGAGAUUGAAUUGGAGAAAAAACUUCGUAAGAAAUUCGCACGAAAAGAUGAAGAAUAUGAUUCCAUGAUUGGUGUGGUGCGUGAAACACCCGUGGAGCUUACCUUACCCGAUAAUAUCCUACCACAAAAAGCACAAAAGACUACUACUGCUUCUUAGAUAUAUCUCACUUAGGGUGGAGGGGUAUGAUGGUAAUUUUCUCAUUUGAUGCAAGUUUUUUCUUUUUCACAAAUAAUUUUUUGGGGUUUGGGUUGUUGAAAGAUCUUUAAUCCCGGAGGGUAAUGCUUUUUAAGCAUGCUUGUUGUCUAUUGUCAUCAUCUUGUUUUUUGAUUUUUAUAAAGAGAGAUUUUGAUGUCUUAAUGGAACAUAAAUAUGAAUCUAUAUAUGUGUUUAUGGAGUUUAUAUUA